UCGAAGGCAGGCAAUGGAGAGCGAGGAGAGGAUGUCUCAAGAGCGAGAAAUCGAAGCGGUGGGGGUGGUCGCGCGCUUGAUCGAGAUGGCCACUGACUCCACGGAUCAGGAGGUCGAUCCUCGCCUCCUCAAGGCUAUCAAAUCGGCUGUGCGGUCCUCUGAUGAUGAGGUCCGUGACGCUGUCCGUGCCCUAAUGAAUCAGAUGAAGAAGCCGCAUUCGCAGGUUAGGUACCUGACUGUUCUUAUCAUUGAUGAAUUGUUCAUGCGAUCCAAGUUGUUCAGAACUCUCCUUGUAGUAAAUUUUGAUCAGUUCCUGAGCUUAAGCAUCGGUUUCAGGAGAAAUCUGCCACUUCCACCCCCUUCAACCAUUGCAUCCACAUUACGCUCCAAGAGCAUAGAACUACUGGAGAAAUGGAAUACUUCUUUUGGAAUUCACUACAGGCAGCUCAGACUUGGUUUUGAUUACCUGAAGAACACCCUUAAAUUCCAUUUUCCUAAUCGAUUGGAAAAUGCAGCUCGGUUGCAACAAGAGAGAAGAGAAAGGGAAAUUAGAUCAAAACAGAUCUUACUCGAAAAAUUUCAAAACUUCAAGGAAUGCUAUUCCUUGAUCAAGGACAAGAUUCAGUCAACAAUUGAUGAAAUCGGUGAAUGUAUAGAAAUUCUUCAUGCAAAAGGGGAUGAUGAAUUUGUUAGUUACAUUGCCUCUGACGAUGAUGAGUUGGAAGAAUCUAGACCUCUUGCAUUGCAGCAGAUUCGACUGGAUGCUUUAAAAGAGGGACAGAAGGUAUAUGAAAGCAGUGAAAACAUGGCGAUUUUUGAUGUUCUGAGGGAAUUACUCAGGCUUCUAAUCUCAAAGCAUUUGCCCCUAGUGCAAAAGUGGAUGUCAGUUCUUGUGAGGGUCGAUGUUACAGAUAAGUUUAGGGAUACUGCAUUGAAGGAGUUCAUUGACCUUCGCAAUCAUAUUUUGUCAGCAAAGGAAAAAUGCGCUGAGCUAGGCUGUGUUUUUGUUGAUGGUCCUGUCCAAAAUGAUGAUGAGAAGGAUCUGUGGGAAGAUGGUAAGAUUGAAAUCGAUGCUCCUGGGGAAUCCAGUGGGCCUAAUAGUGAAGCCAAGGAUUCUGUUAAUACAGUUACUGCCAACAAUGAUAAGGCUCCAGCUCUUCAUGUCACUAAAUCAUCUGAUACCCGUUUCUUAAAUUUGCCCCCAGAAAAACGCAAACUUUUGAGCAUAGCACCAGUAGUAGAAUGGGGUCCAUUCUUGGACAACUGGGGCUUAAAUCGAGAUGCUCCUGCAAACCAAAGAGGGUUGGAGCUUGAAAGCCACUGGGGUCGGGUGGAUUCUGAUGCCGUCAUUCCAGCAGAAAAAAUUGCAGAGUUGAGUGUGCACCGAACUGUGUAUAAAGAACAGCCGGUUGAGAUCCAACCAUGUAAUGCUCCAUUAAAGAAAGGGGGACUCUGUCAGAGAAGGGAUCUGAAAGCUUGUCCUUUCCAUGGACUCAUUGUACCUCGAGAUGCUGAGGGGAAUCCGAUAGAACAAAUUCCUAGUAGUGUAGAGUCCAUAAACGAGCCCUCUGCAAGUGGCGUAAUAGAUACAGAACAAGAUCUUGACCUGGACAAGCUUACAGUUGAUCGACUUUUUAAGCAGGCAGUUAAAAAUGUUCGUGAAAGUGAUAGAGAUAUGAAGAAGACAUCUAAACGGGCGAAACUUGCUAGGGUUCGUGAGCAUAAUGAAGCUGUUCUAAGGGACGCAGCAAUUGCUUCAACCUCCUACUCCCAAGCUUUCGGUGAACAUGAGGAAGCGGUUGAGGACAACAAAAUGGGUCGCAAGACAAAGAAGCCAACACUUAAUUCCAUGUUGCGGAAGAAAAUUACUGCAAAGGAUAGGAUAUCAAAGAGGCUUUUGAGCGCACGUGCAACUGAUGCUUCAAUCCAUCAGCUUAUGCAAGGGGCGGACUUAAAAUACCGAGAAGCUUUCCCCAAUCAGUGGUAGACUGAAAAUAUAUGAAUUCUUGUAACUUAGGAGUUCCAGGUGAACUUGGAAAUACUAUUGAUUGACACAAAGCUCAGGGAGACCUUGGUAGCAGUUACAGAAUGGAGAAAAAAAAAAAAAUUUUUAGCUCAUCACUGAAGGAUGAAGGUGCUUCAGAGUCAUAAUCAAACUCUACAAAGCACAAGUAUAUUUUAUGAAGCGGAAAUUUGAAUUUUGAUUGUUGGGAAUCCUUAAAUGAGAAAAGACACCUUAAUGCAAUGGAUGAUAUUGUCUCCAGAUUCAGCAUAGGGUAUUUACUUGCUGCAGGGAGGGAGAUGUGCAAUGAGUUGGUCAUUUAAAUUUAGAACACUGACCAUGGUUAGAGAUCAUUGGAAGAUUAGAAAGACUGAUUAAAUGAAGAUCAUUGCUUUUAUCUCUGUAAAGAGUGGGGAGAAAACCACUUUGUUCUUUUAUCAUUAUAACAAUAAAUACAGCAAAGUUGUUACAUUUGCACCGUUUCAUCUCAGUAUGAGAAAGAAAAGAAUUUCCGGCUAUA